AUGAGGGCUGCUGGCAUAGGCGUGACGGGAGUCCAUAACCAGAUUGCAAGCCAGUCGGGGGGAUAUGAUAGGGUCCCUUUUACAAAAAGGAAGCUAUACAAUCAGAUAGCGAAACAAAGGCGGGAGUUGAAGUGUGAUGUCCAAACCGCUAUUGACUACCUAAAGGGAAUGCGCAAAAAGGAUCCUCUAAUGUUUUGGCGACAUCAAGCUAAUGAGAAUGGGAAACUUGAGCAUUUGUUUUGGGCUGAUGGUUUAAGCCAGAAAAACUAUGAGGUAUUUGGUGAUAUUGUUGCAUUUGAUGCUACCUAUGGGAAAAACAAAUAUCAGUACCCUUUUGUUAUGUUUUCUGGCAUGAAUAACCACAAUCAAACAACGGUGUUUGGAAGCGCAGUCAUUGCCAAUGAGACUGAGGAAACAUAUGUGUGGCUGCUACAGACAUUUCUUGAGGCAAUGAAAGGCAUAUGUCCCACAUCAGUUAUAACUGAUGGACAUUUAUCGAUGAAAAAUGCUAUUAGUAGUGUUUUCCCACGUGCUCAUCAUAAAUUAUGCGCCUGGCACUUGCUGCAGAAUGCUACAAGAAACAUAAAGAUUCCAAGUUUUACUCAAGAGUUUAAAAAAUGCAUGUUAAUGGAUUAUGAAGUGGGUGCAUUCAAUCGUAAGUGGGAGGCUACGUUAACAAAAUUUGGUCUUCAGGACAAUGAAUGGGUGAAAGAGAGGUUUGAAGAUAGAAAGAUGUGGGCGGUUGCUCAUAUACGUGGUACGUGUUUUGCUGGGUUCUGGACAACAUCACGGUGUGAGAGUUUGCAUUCAGAAAUUAAGAAGUUUAUACAUGCAAGAUAUAACUUAACAGAGUUCUUACAACACUUUCACCGAUGUUUGGAUUUUAUGAGGUUUAGGGAGGUUGAAGCAGAUUUGGCAUCUGUUGUUGGUAAGGCUCCCUUGGAAACACCUUUCAAGCAACUUGAGAAAUCAGCUAGUUCUUUGUACACACCUGAGGUGUUUGAUAAAUUUCGUUCUAUCAUUGUAAGAGCUUUCCUAGUUUACGUAAGUAGUAGAAAAUUGACUGGGACUUUUGAGAUUUUCACAGUGGCCAAGUUUCGCACAACCGCUAAGGAGUGGCACAUUACCUUUUACAGACCAACACCUGAGCUGAAGUGUUGUUGCCAAAGGAUGGAGUCCAUGGGCCUACCCUGUGAGCAUAUUGUUGCUGUCAUGGUUAUUUUGGGAAUGAAUGAAAUUCCCACUACUCUUAUACAUCACAGGUGGACGAAACGGGCAAGAGACGACAUUGAAGCUUAUGCUACUGAUGUAACAGGUAAUUGGACAUCUGUAAAAAUGGCUCUCCAUACAGUUAUAUUAGACAGCUGCAGAGAAAUGUGCAAAUUAGCCGCCGAUUCAAAUGAGAAUUUCAGAACCACAAGAGAGGUUGUAACUACCCACACUGCGAGGCUUAAAUCCAACAAACUUGUGAAUGACAUGGAAGAUGUAAAUGUUGAUGAUGAUAAUUAUGUACCAUUGACUAAUCCUGACCGUGCUUUUCGCAACACUGGAGGUGCUAGUACCUCGGGCACUAAAUGUACUCGCCGUAGGAAGACUACGUGCAGUGUUUGCAAGACACCAGGUCACAACAAGUCUUCAUGCCGUCUAAAAACAAGAAUCCAUGAGAUGGCACAUGAGGUAUAUGGAGGGGAUGCUGAAGUAGAUGAUGAUGAUCAACCACCCUAUUCCAGAGGGGACUUCUGCAAUCUUAAUGGUAUGUGA